UGGAAAGCAUUCACUUCAUCCUCUCCUCUCCUCCUCUGAAGCGCUCUGCUCUCCUCUGCAAAAUUGGAUCUUCAUCACAUCCUCCUGUGCCCCGCCCUGCCCUGCCUGCAUUCCCUCCCUCCCUUUAGAUCGAUCGAUCGAUCCGAUUAGAUCCGCGCAAGCAAAGCAAAGCAAUUGCAAUUGAUAUUGGAUCGGCAUCCGCAGAGAAUUGCGCUCCUCUCCGAUCCACCCAAUUGCAAUCGCAAAAUUGCGUCCUCCGUCCUGGAUCGCCGGCCGGCCAUUGCUCACCUGGAUCCGCCCCACCACAUCAGAGCAGAGCAGUUUCAGCAGGCAGGGAGACGACAUCAGUCAGGCCGGUGAAGCAGUAUGAUGAUGGGGACCGAUGUGUGUUCUUCGCGGAUGCUGUCGCUGCCCCGUUACGAGAGCGGCGACGAGGAGCUCACCGUGCUGCCCAGGCACACCAAGGUCGUCGUCACCGGUAACAACCGGACAAAGUCCGUGCUCGUCGGCCUGCAGGGUGUGGUCAAGAAGGCUGUUGGCCUUGGAGGCUGGCACUGGCUGGUUCUCAAGAAUGGUGUGGAGGUGAAGUUGCAGAGGAAUGCCCUGAGUGUCUUGGAAGCUCCGACUGGCAACGAGGACGACGACGAGAUCGAUGGCGGUAACAGCUCCUUCUGCGGCAGCUUCGACAUGGGAGACAAAGACAUGAACUACUCAAGCAUCGAGUACCAGAAGCCAACAAAGCCGAGGGUCCGGCACACAAGGCCAUGGUCUUCCUGCACGACGACGUCCAGCAGCCGGGCCAACAACCUUCACUCGACCUCGAAGCUGCGAGCGAGAGUGAACCUGACAAAGCUUGGAACACCCACACUAUGGAGAUACUGGAAGCACUUCAACCUUGGUGGUGAAAAAUGUGUGCAGGUGAGCAUGAACCCGACUCCAUCAGAGGAGCAGCUGUUCCAUGGGGUCCAGCAGCAUUUCCAGUCGCAGCAAUUGGAUGAGUUGCAGGUGAUCUUGGGGUUCAUCCAGACGGCAAAGAGGCUCAAGACCCUGUACAAGAACAGCUCCUAGCCCAGCCUUCCUUCAUUCCUCAGAUGCAUACAUACAUAUGCUUCACCUUCACCUUCACCAGUGGUUUCAGUUGCUGUUAGUAGAGAGAAAGAGAGAGAGAGAGAGAGAGGGAGAGAAGAGGUUAGAUGAUGAUGCAUCAUGUGGUUAAGUAAGUAAGUAAGUUAUUAAUCUUAGUCUCCUCCACUUUAAUGGGAAGCAAGUUGUGAACAGAGAGGGAUUUGUACUGGCACAUUUGAUCAGUACAGAUUCUUAGCUUCUCUUCUUCUUCUUCUUACUCCUUGUAAUGAUGAGAGAGAGAGAGCAAAAAUGAUGGAUGCUGAAUCAUGUAACCCCAGACCAGACCCCUUGCUGCUGCUGCUGCUGUUUGUUAUAACUGACCAUCAAACCAAACCAAUCUCAGUUAUUUGGAGAGAUACUAAA